AUGUCAUCUAGAUACCAUCACCAUCACGCUGAUGAUGCGAUGGAUCUCACUGACCUCUCUGACGCCGAGGAAAUCUACGCAAUCGGCGAGGCAGACAACACGCAACGGGACUACUACAACCGCCGUCUGAGAGAAGCCAUCAACUACCUGGCCGAAGAAGGUGGGCAAGAUUCGCCUGCCACCUACAUGAGCCGUGUCUACCGCAUCGACGAGGCUCUUGUGCAGCUCCUGCCUCAGACUGGCAGUGACUAUGAUCGCCAGCUGUACCGAACGGUCCGCGCCAUGGUGGACGAAGUACACGAAGAGUAUGACAAUGCCAAAGAGGAAAUCAAUCUACAAACCAGAAACGCUGAACUCGAUGCGGCAUACUACACGCCGUACACGCCGUCCGUUUCGGAGGCUCUUUACAGGGAAGAAGAAGACCUGCCAGAGCCAUCAACGAGGUAUACCCGAAAACGUCCCACAACUUCUAUGAAGUCUCUGCCUCGUGAGCAGGCUAAGUCGUAUACUAAGCUUCAACAACAACAAACUGAGCAAGUUUCUGCGUCGCAAGCUGUCACGCCCCUCGGCCCACGCUCCCAUGACUCGCAAGAUAAUGUAGAUUUCGAGCGAAGCUACGAACACAGUGGACCUAACAGUGCGCCCGAGAGAUGGUACAGAGAUAUGCCAGCCUGUCUUCCCUUCCCAGAAACCCACCAAAUGGAGGCCUGGGAGACUUUAAAAAUCAACUUUGAUAUUUCUGACUACGGAAAGAAACUCAAGGCUGAAGGCAAAGUUGUCGAGACCAACAUUCCUUUCAACCACCCCGCCUUGGCGAAGUACAAAAACUUGCCUCAUUACGAGUCUGGAUCGAGGUUCAAGCUCCCGCACGGGAGGCAGGAGGAUUAUGAUAGGAUUCGCAGGCUCGCGACCGAAGAGCUUUUGGCCAAGACUGUCAAGGAUUUCAAUGAGGAUAUUCAAACAGAUGCUGAAGUAUCAGGAUAUGCCCCACACGCAUUCUUGGGCCGAUUCUCGACAGGAAAGCAAGUGAGCCCAGAGCCUGAUCUCCCAACAGCACUCCGUGGUGCUCUUAGUACAACGCCUACCAAAUCCUCCAGAUCACGCGCUGCUAUCACCCCGAGGACCACUAGCUCCAAGACCGCUGCAACCAAAGCUGCCACUCUUAAGACCGCCAUUGAGGCUAGGAAAUCAAACACGAAACCCAUCGUCCAAAUCUCCUCUCCCAGCCAUGAAUCCUCGCAACCAAAAAACCCCACGCCAGCCGGCCAAACAACACGCGCAGGAGCAGCAAUGCGGAAAUUCUCAGACUCUCGCAAGCAAGCUCUCUGUCACAGCCCCCGACGCGAGAGUCUAUUGCAAACUGCACUGCGUACCCCAGAGAGUCCUUCUGACGGUAAAUCCCCGCCCCGGCCUGCAACACCCGGUCCGAAGCGAGAAAAGAGUACGCCGAAGACAUCUACGCUGUCUUCUAAACCCGUGACUUCUUCGCUUAAGAGAGGAGAUCGUGUCGUUUCUCCUAAAGUAGGCGUUCCAUCCCCUAGGGUUGCAACUUCGGUUCUGGAAAAGAAACCCGUUACACCUACUCACAGCCGUCUCCACAAGACCACCCCUUCUACAACUAGCAAGCCCUUGGCCCGCACACCAAUCCCCGUACCCACAUCCUCUGCACCCAAACCCGCACCCAAACACAGCAUCAAGCGCAAACGCAGCCUCGGCUCGGAAUACUACACCCCCGACGGCAAGCGCCGGAGAUCCGUGGGCUCUGAGGAAUUUUCCCCCUGGGACAAGACGCUGAGAUCUGAUGGGGCUGCGAAGGUCGGGAGUGCGAGUGGGAGUGAGAGUGAUGGGGGGAGGGGUGAAGGUGUGAGGAAGAGUAGGGCGAGCAAGGCGGCGGUGGUGGGAAGGCAGGUUAAGAGGAGGGUUGUUAGUGAGAGAACGGUGGAGAGUGUGAGCAAGGUGAGGAGGGUUGGAGGUGUUGGUUUGGGGGAUCGGGGGGUGGUGUAA